AUGUCUCUCUCCCUCUCGCAACGUCUCCAAGCACUUGCCGACUCUUAUAAGGAGACGCUCUCUCAGAUUCAAGAACUGCGCAAAUUCUCGAUCAGCUCAAAUUCCUACGACAAUCCAGAUGAACGACGUCUCGAGCUCGCGACCGAAAUCCAUGACAACCUAAAGGAACAAGAAGACAGACUAGAAAUUUUGAGACAAGAAUUAGAAGACGAUGCCAUCCCGAUUCACCGACGAGAUCUCUCAACUCGAGAAAGCGAGCGCGAAAGAAACGCCGACUUGCUGGCGCGACUCACGGAGGACCUGAAGAGCGCGCGGGCCAGUUUUCGAAAAGCACAACUUCAAGCGAAGAGGAAUGCGGAUGCAGAGAAAAGGAAAGAGAGAGAGCAAUUAUUUGCAGAUCGCAAACAAGAUGGCAAACAGCAAGCCCGAGGACGACCUACACACGAGAAAUUGACGCAGGAUGAACUAGCUCUGCGCGCUGCAGAAGAUGUUACCAUCGCGCUGCGGAGAGUACAUAACCAGCUGGAAGGAGAACUGUCAGUCUCGCAAUUUGCUCAACAGACUUUAGAAGAGAGCCAACAGGCGUUGGACAGCUUGACGCAAAGUUAUGCGGGGACCACGGAUUUAUUAAAAGCGAGUAGGGGGUUUGUGGGCCAGUUAGUGCGCAGCAAUAAGUCGGACACCUGGUUCUUGAAGUCUUCCUUCUAUAUUCUUGCUGCAACAAUAUGCUGGCUCUUCUACCGCCGGAUCCUAUAUGGGCCGUUGAUGCUGUUUAUUUGGUGGCCUUUGCGGAUGAUGUGGUGGGUCACUUUGACAAGUUUAGGAGCCGUGGGACUGGGUGGCAGAUCUGAUAUCACAGCAUCUCCUGCCCCGGUGCCUUCCCUCACUGUCUCAGUGCCUGGCAUGAAUGCCAGAGGAAUGCCUACACACAGUUCGAACAUUCAUUUCAAGAGCAUGGCGCUACCGGCGAAAGGGGGAGGUGGGAGAGGUCCACCACCACAGAUUCCGCAGGAAAGUCCGCCCGAAGAUGCCACUGACAGUAUGAUCGAGAAGAUCGGAAGGAUGAUGGAGGAUCAAGGGACGAAUGUGGACGAUAUCACGGAGGAAGAAAGGAGGGCGCAACAAGAACAGCCCAGAAAUACGAAGAAGCGGAUGAUGGAAGUAGAUGUCGAGCAACCGAGGGAUGAGUUAUGA